AAGGGGGAUGCUGCAGCCCCGUCCUCCUCAUAUCUCUCUCCACCCAGCCCUAGAAUAAAAAGCACCGGUGACGUGCGCGCAGAGGAGCACCCAGCACUAUGUGCGCGCCCACGGGAGGGGCCGAUAGAAAAUGGCGAGUCUGUGCAAAAGGCAGCAAUGCACGAUAGAGAGGCGCGGCUUUCGGCAGGAACUUGACUCUUGGAGGCACAAACUCAUUCACUGUGUAGGCUUUGAAAGCAUCUUGGAGGGCUUGUUUGGGCCGGGACUAGUCAAGGACAUCACUCUUUUCCAAGACUGCGAGCCAGAGGAAGUGUCUGACUGGUCCUUCGAUGAAAACUGUCUCUUCUGCUGCUUAAGACGUGAGAAAAACAAGCAGCACAGCGUGGAAAACGGUGGAGGCGGCCACGUGCUCUUGGAGUGCGAGGACUUCAAACAGGGGCAGUCUCGGAUCAGCCGGCUGGAGAGACAGGCCCGAGAUUUCCUCAAUGCUGUGUUCCACAAAAAAGACCUCCCAAGUUUCUCUGACCCCCACAUUCCUCUAGUGGCUCGUGAGAUCAUGCAGCGAAUGAUCCACCAGUUCGCUGCCGAAUAUACCUCAAAAACUACUCAGGAAGACCUGCCCCUGCCCAACGGCACCAUGAAGGACCAAAGCCUGUCGAGAGCGGUGUCUCUGGCACCGGCCCCGAGCUCCCCGGUCGGGCCCACGCCCAGCUCCCCUCCAUCGUCUGCCUCCUCCUCUCCGUCCCCGACUCCGGGAGCCGGCUUUAGCCCCACCUCCGCUGCUAUCACCUCAGCGCCCACCGGCAUCCAGAGCAGCAACGGGACAGGAGUUGGCAUCAUCGGAGGAGGAGGAGGUACGGCUGCUGCCUCUGCACAGAACCCGGUCCUCAGCAAGCUUCUCAUGGCGGACCAGGACGGGCCGCUGGACCUCACCGUCAGAAAGGCCCAGGCGGAUCAGGAGCCCAGCCAGCAGGACGGUGUCUUGGACCUCUCCACCAAGAAGAACAACAGCAGAGGAGGCCCCAAAACUCUGACAGGCUUCACCCUCACACCUGGGGACAAAAGACAUUUGCUGAAGGCAGAACGCACCCUGUCAGAAGUAGAAGAAGAGGAUGGCCUACUGCAGAAAAGUUUGCAGGAUGGACUGAGGGAGAGCUACGUCAUCUCCAACUCCUUCAAGCCGCCGCUGGCCCGCUCGCUGCGCAUCAAGGAGGAGCUACUUAGCCAGAAGCACCGCCUGUUAAGCCAGCCAGCAGCUCUUUCUUUGGCCAACCUAGAGUCGGCUGGUUUGCUUAAUCAUGGCCAAUCCCACUCCUUACUUAGUCAAAAGGGCUCCGCUUCUCUCUGGGAAAGCAAGGCUCACCUCGAAAGCCUGAUGAAGCUGAAGCAGGCUGGUGGAGCUCUAAACGACCUCAAAGACCUGCCUACAUUCCUGGAAAAUCACCACCACAACCACCAUGGAGCCUUCUCAUAUAAGAGUUCCCUGCACCAACACAGCCACAAUCAGGUGUCUAAGGCUCAGCAUCACCUCAACGAAGGCAAGAGAGAGCAAGGCCAUUCGCCGCCCGUCGACCUAAAGAUCCCACAAGUACGGGGAAUGGAUCUUUCCUGGGACUCCCAUGCCUCUGAGCUGUACGGUUAUGGAGCCAUGGGGGUCGGGGCAGGCGGCCAUGGUGACAACAGUCUGAGUCGAAAGCUGAGAGCCAUCCUACCCAAGCAGAACCGUCGGGGUGGAAGUCUGGGAAGCCUGCUUGACGGAGCCGCCGAGUACUGGAACUCUGACCUGGACAGUUCCACCUCGGGGCCGGCGUACUCUAUCUCUGACGUGGAAGUGGACCCAAGCUCAAAGCAGCCAAGGAAGAAGAGGGGCCGUUAUCGGCAGUACAACAGUGAGAUUCUGGAGGAAGCCAUAGCAGUAGUGAUGAGCGGGAAGAUGAGCGUGUCUAAGGCACAGAACAUGUACGGCAUCCCUCACAGUACCCUUGAGUACAAGGUAAAGGAGCGCAUGGGAACCCUGAAGAACCCCCCAAAGAAGAAGCUCAAGCUGAUGAUGAAGAUGGAAGCAGGAGGCCAGGAAUUCGCGGGGGAGCCGGAUAACGCGUCAACGACGACCCCGCGAGACGACAGCCUGGCGCUAGCUGCCUCCGAACUCAAGGAAAACACAAAGGAGAAAACUGAUGACGAAUCCAAACCAAUGGACUAAACAACCCACACAUGUAAAACCUCAGUCACGCGGCUUAUGUCAAUUUAAACACGGACGGGGCUUUCUUUUGUGCCAAUUUACUUUGCAGUAUCUGGGUGAGCACAAACGGAGGGAUGGUAUGAGGAGGUCUCCUAAGUAAAAAAAACAACAAACUGCAGAGAAACAUCUAAUCAGACACCUUGUGAUCCGCAGCGCCCGCCAGGUGCUGAACAAGCAUUUGUUUAGCUUUUAUAUCCAAAGCUUAACAAAUGCCACUAAGGACAUUAGUUCAAUGACAAUUUAUGGAAAUUCCUUAAGCAUGCUGAUAAUCCCCCCCUCCCCCCCAUAAAAAAAAACACCCCACCUCUCCUUUUUUCUGAACUUUACACACGGCUCUGCUGCUGCUUAUAAGUGGAGUUUGGGCUCUGGAUGAAUUCUACUGCUGAGGAAAACAUAAGAAUGUUUAAAUUCAAAAAGAAAAUUUGGAAAUUUGGACCCCCCCCACCCCUUUUCUAUAGAAUUUGCUGAAAUUGGUCAGUGAACUGUUUCUUACAUUUGAAAAGCCAACUGUAGGAUUGAAUCAUCCCAUCGUUUCCUCACAAAGGUUGGGAAUCAAACCCGUUCUCCUCUUGCCAGGUAGCCAUGAUGCUUUAACUGCAAACUUUUUCUUUCCUCCUUAGAAAUAUAAUCUCUGUGCAGACGAAAGCAACAUUAACCCGUCCUCUUGUGAGCAAGAGGAGACACAAAAGUCAUUCAGGGAUGCAUGUUUGUGAGUUUCGUGGACACUACUGACUUCUGUAAUCAACUCCUUUUUCUUCUCUCUUUUCUUUUUCAUUUGGUUUGCUUUCUUUUGCACUACACUUUGGGUCUGGCGCUUACAGACCACGUUACCUCGGCAUUGUUGCCCAUGCAUCAUGCACUUAUUAUGGUCUGUCUCUGAAGCCCAGUCGCAACCUUGCAACGGGUCAGAGGUGCACAUCGCCUUUCGGAUGCUGAUUCAUUUUCUGACGCGGGACGCGCCGAAUCCACCCCCCUCCUUUCUGUUUGUUUUCGUUUUCUCGCCAAGGGAUAACUUGAAGGGUACUCUGAUUAUGGAUCAGCUGUUUUUAGGGCGGGAUGCUACCUCAUGGACCUCCUUCAGUCUGACACUGCUGAUCCUGGAAAAAGGCGGAGCCGCCUUCGGGCGUCAACUCCGAAGUGAGCUCCACUCCCUCACGGACCUCUAACUGGACGACGGCCUUUUUUUGGAUCAGAAUAUGAAACUGUGCUGCUAUCCAGUUCAUGGUCUUGACUCCUGCAAAGGCUUCAGCUGGCCCAGGCUGAACUAUUUGAACUUGUCUUAGUUAAUAACAUAUUGCUGAUGUUUGUUUUUUUUCUUUGUCGUCUUGUUUGGGUUUUUUUUUUUUUUUAGCAGACUAAGCAGAAGCAGCUUGGUUUAGAAGUUUUAAACAAAAAAAAAUCCCCCCCGCACCCCCUCAAACCUCAAAGACAGUUUAAAAGCAGUUAUGUAUGAAACAAUGUGCAUUUAUGGUGGGGAGGGCGGGUGGGUAAUAUGCAGCGGGAGGGGUUAGUUGUUAGGUGGGGGAGAGGCAGAUUUUAAUAUAUUUUAAGUUAUUGUGACUGAUUAUGUAAAAGCCAAUCCAUGAUUCUGGGUGUUUUAGGGGUGUUUUUGUUUUUUGUUUUUUUUUCUCUUCUCAUUUUUAACUCAGGGUAACUGAGACAGAAGACGUGGGUUGCUAACACGGUGAUUUCUCGUUGGACCUAUAGUAGACCGAGAGGAGGACAGGACGGGCCUCUCACAAAGUUCUUUCUUUUCAAUUACUGUGGCGGUGCCAUCGCAGAGUAGACCUGCUACCGAGACAGGAAAGAACAGGAAAAAUACGCUGAACGCCGGCUUUGUGAAUCGAACUUGUUGAGCUGAACUAAAAUAGCACUUUCUCCAAGAGUAAAACAAGUUUGAGGUUAUGCAUGUAGUGUAGCUCUUCUUUAAAGCCGACGGAGCAGAGAGCGAUGAGCGGGGCUGGAUAAAGCUUUAGUGUGUGACGACUUUCCAAAAGUUGCAGCCCGAACCCAAACCUCCGUGCUGAAGUUGGAGAGCUGGAACAAGUUUGUUUUAGUGUAGCGUCUCAUUGUUCCCCCUCCUCUCAUUGAAAUGUCGCUCUUUGCUUUGGACGCUGCCUGCCGCCCCCCUCCCAGUCUGAUGAUUGAUGAUUCACUACUUUGCAAAUGUAUUUUGUUAUUUAUUUGUUUAUUUUCUCUCUAAAUGGCAUGCACUGCUUUUAUUUUGGCUGAGUUUUGCGUUAAGUGUUAUUGUUAGAGCAUCGAAUAAUUAAUCAUUACCAUGAUAUGUGUGAACUGUAAACGAGUUACAAUCUAAUUGGAAUUGAACUGAUCUACAAUCGCGUCCCCUCCCCUUGUGGUUAUUGGUUCCCCACAUCGGGCUUCAGACGAUCCUGCAUGAAAUGCAUCCAACACUUAACAACGCAAAGCGUUGAAAGUGUCUAAAAGGCCGCUGCGUAUAUCCAGUCAGAGCCGGCGUAGGACAAUGCACUGAUCUGAGGGGAAACAUGCAGCCCACCCAAACCAGCCGUGAGGGUUAGUUUUAGAAAACUAAAUUAAUGUUUGGGCUUAUUCCUUUGUUAAAGAGAAUAAAAACAAAGGUAAAAAAAAUCUUCUUUUUAGCCACUUUUAAUGUAAUGCAUAUAAAACAUAAAAACAAAUGUGAAGAAUCAGCUAAAUUGACAUGAAAUGCACUGAUUUGCAUGGACAAAUUCAACCAGCACUUAGAGUGAAUUCCCCUAAGAGGGGCAAAGUCCUCCAAAAGCCAAACGAAAUCUAUCAAAUGCUCCUCGACCCUUACUGGUCGUUAGAGCACUUACCUUUUCCUCCUUAUUGUCAUUGUUUUGUACAAAGUCUUUUCUUUUUUGGUCUGUUCAGCCGGAUCAUACCUACCAAGGUGCAUGCCAUUUCAGUUUUACACUUAUUUCCAUAUUUUGUUCUUUUUCUUUAAGUGUAAACGGUUAACAGAUCCACCUGUCCAAAAAAAAACACCCCUCUUUAAAGUAAGUCUCAGCACAUAUUUCAAAACGACACCUCGCAUGUCUGUUAUGCACAUAUACCAAGAAUGUAGUGAAAGGAACCUCUCAGAUUCACCUCGUUUUCUAACAGACUGUUGUCUUUUUAUUCUUCUGCUAAUAUCGGUUCUUUACGCUGCUUUCAUCUGUAUAUUGGAAACACUCCAACAGUAGCCUUGGUACUGUUAAUGUCUCAGGAUUCAGCCAAUAAGUUGGGUGGCGAUAUUUGUCAGUCAGAAAAAGGCACAACCUUAACUACCUACACUUUGUUUAUGGACAUGUACUACAGACGGAUGACGGAUUAACAUUUUGGAGGAAACCACGCCUUCUUAACUGGUUUCACUCGUGUGAGAUUUGCAGGAAUGAGCGAGUUUCACAAUCUCUCUUCAAGAAACAUUUAGAAAGACAGAGCAUGCAAAGACACCAAAAAGCUUUGGAAGAAGUCGUCAUUUCCUGGUCUUAUGCUAGGUUUAUACCAGCCGCGUUGAACAGCCAACGGUAAAAGUGACGCAGCCGUACACCUCCAAAUCGUAACUUGGCUUGGAUCUCGUCUUCAUUGUUGGGUUUGUAAAAGGAAGAACUGAAAUACACAGUAAUGCAUUUUCAUACGGCUUCUGCAGAAGGAGAGACAGUUGAACCCCAGACUCAAACACACUGUCUCCCCCUGGACCUCCUCCGCAGAGCGUUUUAUUAACACAACA